UUUGAGCAAAAAGAUUUCUAAAGUAAACUGAAAGCUUUGACUUUCCUUUCUUUAACAGGACUCACGGUCUCGUCACACUCAAGAGAAGGAAAUGCGCACUGAAGAAAAGAUGCAAGUUCUCAGGAGAUUGACUGAACUCGAGGAGCGUUAUAGAGCUAGCCUUGCAGAGAUGGUGAAGCUGGAAGGGGAACUGAAGCGACUUAUAGAGGAGACAAGAGCUUAUCGGCGCAAAUGUAAGGAAGAACAACCCAAAGUUCAAGAGGAGGAGUUAUUUGCAGAAGACAAAGUGUUGGUUAUUGACGAGGAGAGGGGUCUACUUACGGAGGAACUUUCAGAUCUACAAGAGCGGUAUACUGCCUACAAUGACGGUGUUGUGCUGCUGAGAGAGGAACUGAACCGAGCUCGUGAGGAGAGUGCUCGUUUUGUUGAAGAAUCUGACUCUGACUUUGAGUACAUGGACUUUGACUGCUCGGAUUGGGAAUUUUCAGACUGGGAAGAUGCAGAAUAAGCUGUUGAGCCAGCCCUGUACGAAAGCCAAGUUCGUCGACACAGAGGGACACGGGGGAGUGGAGGGGGCAGCAUCCGAGUUGAUGAGCAAAGAAGAAGAAACAUAGGACAAAGUGGCGUACAAAUAGGAAGGGGGGUGGGGUCCCAUGGUUGCAGAUAGUUCAUUUGUAUGUUUAAAGGGGCAUUCUACGGAAGAGUAUCAAACACAAUAAACAUUUUGAAUGUAUUCCAAAAUUUUAGAUAAUAAUUUUUGUUAUAAAUAGAUGUUAAUAAACGUAUCGACAAUUUUGAGCUAAUUGAGAAUUUCCAUUCUUAAUACACGUAUGCACUCAUGUAGCUUAGCCAUUUUAAAAUCUUUUUUUAAAUGAAAUUUUAAAUUGUAGUUUGUCUUUAGCUUUCAUUUACGUGGGGUUUUUUUCAGUUACAACCACGUGUCACUGAAUAGUAUUGGCCACAAGUUUCAUAAAAUGUAUUUUGAUCUUUAAGUGUCUUUGUAUAAAUAGAGAAAUACAUGUAGUGUUGUUCUGAGAGGAAUCCUCACAGUGAUGAACAAGAAAGAAAGGGAUUCAAAGUAAAUUAAGGUGUUCUGUCUGGACACACGUUUUGCCCACGGCUAUUUUAUGGAUUAGAACAUGGCAUGGGUGCUUAAACUUAGGUCUAGUAGUUAAUUGUUUAGUGGUUGUUUUCUACUUUAAAAAACAUUUGCUUUUUUGUCUU